AAAUCUUUGUACUAGAAUAGUCUUCAUAUCUUAUGUAUAUCUCCCAUUAACUCGAGGGCUUGUCUUUACCAUUGCCAUAAAACACAAUGCUGAAUUACUAGUAAAAGUAGGGUGAAUCUCAACUUGUAUAUAUUCACACAUAGAAUAAGAGAACUUAAAACAAAGUUCUGUAAUGGGUUGGAGGUACCAUGCUGGGUUGGGACUUAUUGGAGCUUUUGUUUUAAUAUGGGUUAGUUGUGCAGAAAUAACUCAGAGGAUUUUUGAAGAGUAUAAACAGCCUUUUGCACUCACAUACUUUGGAGUAUCUGUGAUGGUGAUUUAUUUUCCCAUUUGUGUUUUCAAGAAGUGGAUUUUCAGCUUGCUGAACAUUUUGUUCAGAAAAAUUCAUGAGGACUAUAUAUCAGUUAGAACAGAUGAUGUGAUUCUCCAAAUACCAGAAACUGAUAUAAAAAGUAGUUUGAUCACCGACAAUGACAUAAGAGAAAUCGAAGAAGGGGUGUCUUUGGUCCAGAAAGAGAAAGAUGAAACUCCCUUGCUUGCACAGAGUAAUGAAAGUAGCUCAUGGAAAAUUCCCAAGUGUGGCUUGUACCUCACUCCAAUAUGGUUUGCACAAGAGUAUUUUUCAAACAUGGCACUUGCAAAUACUAGUGUUGCUAGUACAACGGUUCUGAAUUCCAUGUCAGGUCUCUUUACCCUUUUCUUUGGAGCCUUUCUUGGCCAAGACUCAGUAAAUAUGACCAAAAUGGCAGCUGUUUUGAUCAGCAUGGCUGGAGUCGCCAUGACAACAAUUGGAAAAACUUGGAUAACAGAUGAACAUAUCAUCAUCUCUGAUACUCAAAAGCAUACUAUCAUUGGAGACGUUUUUGGCCUACUCUCAGCAGUAUUUUAUGGCUUAUUCACAGUGCUUCUCAAGAACUCUGCUGGAUCAGGAGACAUGGUAGACAUGGAAAAGCUUUUUGGCUGCAUUGGUAUCUACAGUUUUCUUGGAUUUUGGUGGCUUGCAUGGCCAUUAAGUGCUGUGGGAAUUGAACCCUAUUUCAAAUUUCCAAGUUCAAUCUCAACUUGGGAGAUUGUUAUAGCAAAUAGCAUUUUCUCAAGCGUGAUUUCAGAUUUUUUAUGGGCACUUUCUAUAGUUUGGACAACUCCUUUGGUAGCUACAUUGGGCAUGUCCUUGACAAUUCCUAUUGCCAUGAUAGCUGACAUGGUUAUUCAUAGUCGCAUGUACUCUGCAGUCUACAUUCUUGGAUGCAUUCAGGUUUUUGCAGGAUUUACACUGGCAAACCUUUCGGACAAGAUUUCAAGAAGUGAUAAAGAGUUGAGUAUAUUAAAAAAGGAAGAAUCUUAGUACAGUCAUGAAGCCUAAACUGUGUGAAAUGCUGAUUUGACUUUGGUUCGUAAACAAUGAAGUUGAAUAUAUAACACAAUUCAAUGAGAUUGAAAAGGAAAAUGCUUUAAUAAACUAUGCUUUGUGAGUUAAGCUUCAAGAUUACUAGUUGAGUUUCUCUUCCA